AAAAAAGUUUCGUUUUUAUAGAAUAGAUCAUCACAAGAGAAAUGGAGGAGUUGCUUCAAAUUGCAUUUGCAUAUUACAAGGAUGUACCGGAGCACAUGAAGACGUGGGUGAACGAGUUCAUGUCGGAAAUCGACAAGGAUGGGAACGAAAAAGUGAGCCUGCAAGAGUUCUUGGCAUACAUGGGCAUGUAUGAAGAUUCGAAGCAUCUCUGUACCCCAAGUUUCUUCGAUGAGCUAAAGCAGGAAGGCAGGGAAGAGUUAGAGUUCCUGGACUUGCUGGCUCUCUUCUACAUUGUUUCCACUGGAAGGCCAUUCUGCAAUGGCCACUGCAAAAACUUCUUAAAGGGAGGCUAUUUCACUUGCGUCCAAUGCUUUUUCCAUUCCCCCAAAUCCUUCGAUCUUUGCGCCGAUUGUUACCUUAACGGCAUGUAUGUCCAUCACCACAAGAGCUUCCUUGAUAACUUCCUAGUGCUAAAAACCAAGAAGACAGUGGGAGAUAAUUUGAACCAGCAUGGAGAAGCAUCAAGCAUAACUAGUAAGGCAAAGGCACCAGAGUCUGGCACUGGCAGUACACCAGCAGAGACAAUCAAUUCUUCUUGUUCUUCUCCCUCUUCUUCAUCAUCAUCAUCAUCUUCUUCUUCUUCUACUACUACUGCUACUACAGCAGAGUCGACAAACGACUCUACUUCUUCUGGUACACUCACACCAGGUACAAGCAGUUCCACUACUACAUCCAAUGCACUGGUUCCCGUGAAUCCAAGGCCUAAUGAUACAAGAGCAGGGAGGAAAGCGUUAAAAGCGAUAGAGAUUCUGCUCGCACUGGGAAAUAUCUUUGUUGCUUCCAGUCAGUGUACCAUUAUGUGAUGAAGACUGAUCCAGCAAAUACAAACUUGACUCAAGCAGUCAAACUUGUGAAUGGAGAAUGGGGCCAACUAUAUAUAUCACGCCGAUGG